AUCCUCCCCCCCUCUCUCUCUCAGCUUCAGCACUCUCCGGUCCACACACACAUACACACACACACGCACACGCACUAAACGCACACGCACACAGUCACAGGGUGCAGAGCGCAGCAGCAACAAGCUCAGGAUCCACUUCGCCACCGUGCGCCACUGAUCUGUGCACGCUUCUUCAUCGCGUGGAAAGUUGGAGGACUAUUUGCUGGAUACAGCAGCCUCUACACAUGUGAUUUGUCACAUUCAGGUGACUCGGGACCCGCUGCAAAACGCACCACUCUAUGAAAAAAAGGAAGAAGAAGAAAAGAAAAUAGCUGCGCGUUAUGACCUCUCUGUGGAAAAACAGAAAUUGUUGAGGACUUUUUUUUUCUUUUUUGGUGCUCUUAUCGUUGAUGAAAAUAUUGCAGCUUGGCUUUAAUUUGAUGCCAACAGCUUAUUGGAUGAUUAGACCGCGGCGCCGUAGGCUACCUCUCGUGUGCAAUAAGAGAAAUGGUGGUGUCGCACGGAAUACAACAGUUUGGUUUCAAAUGGAGAAGCGCUCACAGAGGAUAAAUUGCGUGCGAAGUUGCGAGGCUUUCUGCUGAGGGAGUUAUCCAGAGGCUUCCCCUCCCCCGAAUAAAGAUGAGUCCACGGCGAGAUAUGGGUCCGUUUCAGUGCGUGGGAUUCAGCGCGCUUCUCCUGUGCACAGUGGUGAACAGCAAGGUGAUCCUGGAGGGCCUGCAGAGGUAUGGCCCCAUGCCCAUCUAUCUGCCUGUCAGCUACCGGAUCCUCAAUGCUGAGUCAGCUUUCUUCCUACAGGAGGCAAACCAGGACUUAAUGAGGAAUUCCAGCCUGCAGGCCCGCACAGAGUCCUUCUUCAUCCACCAGGCUCGGCAGAUGCCCUUUGUCAAUGCUAGCUACGGGCCACUGUCUGUCCAGCAGCCUGUCCCUCUAGAGAUGCUGCAAACCCUGCCAGGGCCCUUCAACACACCCUCCUUUACUUCAUCAUCUGUGCCAACAUCAGCAUCAGCGUCACCUCUCUUUACGUUCAACUGGAAGGUCCACACCUAUAUUAUCAGUGAGAGGAUUCAUCCCAGUUGGCCAAAAGUUCAAGUGUUGUUCUAUAUUGCAGGGAGAGACUGGGAUGAUUACAGCGCCAUCCACAAGCUGCCCUGUGUUAGGAUGUUUGCCUUCCACGAGACUCAAGAGGUGCGUGGGACAUGCAGGCUAAAAGGUGAACUGGGGAUAUGUGUUGCUGAGUUGGAGCCUCUAGCCAGCUGGUUCAGCCCACCCACUGUCAGACCAGGUAGGCAAAGGGUUUCUGAGCAGGCCCAGGGCACUCCUGUGGAACUCUACUACAUGGUUCAAACCACAGACAGUGGAGACUGCAGCUCAGAGGACUCGAGAAAGGGCAGUUCUGUCCGCACAGAUCAGCAGAAGCCGAUGGGCUAUUUUGCAGGGCACACACCUAUGCAGCGCAUUGGGAGUGUCAGGCUGUUUCAGCCACUGUCAGAGCUGAAGCUGGACAAUAACUUUGUGGUGAUGGUACCCUCCAAACCUAUCCGGCAGAGAGAAACAGUCUCUACUUUUCUGGCUCUGUCCACACUGUCUUCAGUGCAAAUCUUCACCCUCAGGGUCAAGCUGAAGGAUGGAGUGGCUUUCCUGGGGGCCAGCGCCAGUAACCCGGUUGUGUGGACAGUGAGCCAGGAUUUCAGAAGUGAAGGUCACAGGGUUGUUACCCUUCACUGUCGGAGGAAGGAGAACAAUUUCAGUCAAAGGGUGGAGGCGGCAGGCUACCAGCGCAUCCUGCAGGUUGACCUGGAGGUGAACGGGCUGAUGGUGACUCUGGGAGGAAGGGAGGUGACGUGGCAGGUGGAGUAUCCGCUCACACGCACCCUGACCAGUGAGGUGCAGACCCUCAUCCGCCUGGCACCGCAGGACCUGGGUGGCAUCGUGCCAUUAGCCAUGGACACUGAGAUCCUCAACACAGCUGUCCUCACUGGGCGUACGGUCGCUGUGCCCGUAAAGGUAGUCACCGUAGGAACAGACGGAGCGGUCUCUGAUGUAACCGAGUCAGUGGAGUGCAAGUCAACAGACGAACAGGUUAUCAAGGUGUCAGAGAGAUGUGACUAUGUGUAUGUCAAUGGAAAAGAGACAAGAGGAAAGAGCAGGGUGAUGCUCAACUUUACCUAUAGUUUCCUGAGCACCCAGCUGGAGAUGAGUGUAUGGAUGCCCCACCUGCCCUUGCUUAUCGACGUGGCAGACCCAGAGCUCAGCCAGAUCAAGGGUUGGAGGGUCCCCGUUACUACUGGAAACAGAAGGUAUGAGAGGGUCACUGAUGACAAGGGCAGUGAUGAUGCAGCAGAGGAGAGAACAGAGAACGCCUGUGUGGCCCAGUAUCAGAGCACCAGCCUGCGUGUCCUCACGCACUUUGUGGCAGAUAAUGGAGAAGUCAGAGGUGCUGUGGAGGAGGACAGACUAGGCCAGCAGAACUUCCUGCUUGGUAGUGACUGGCAGGUGGAGGUGACACAACUGGUCAAGGAUUCUCUGAGGGUGGAGGACCCAAAGGUUGCCCAGCUGCUGGAGGGCCAAAUCCUAGUAGGACUGAGCGCUGGAACCACCAAACUACAGGUGCUGUCCCCUCUGACAUCAUUGGUCCUGGCUGAGAGGAGCAUCAGGGUGGUGGAUGAUAAAGUGAGUGUGACAGAGCUGGGGGUGCAGUUGGUAUCUGGACUCUCUCUGUCCCUGCAGCUAAGCCCAGGGAGCACCAGGGCCAUCGUCGCCACUGCAACCACACAGGAAGUCAUUGAAUCGCUCAAACAGGAGUCCCUCAUCAGUGCUUGGCUCCAGUUCAGCGACGGCUCCAUGACUCCCCUAGACAACUACAAUCCUGCCCAUUUUACUCUGUCAGCCACCUCUUUGGAUGAGCAGGUGGUGGCGGUGCAGCGCAGUGCAGCAUGGAAGUGGCCCAUCAUUGUUUCAAAGGGAGAAGGUCAGGGUUUGCUUGUGCGUGUUGAAAUGAGCCCGUCAGAGGUGUGCCAAAAGGGAAAACGGCACACUGUCUUAGCCACUGGAAUGGCAAACAUACAGGUACGGUUUGGUCAGCCAGAGGAGCAAUACAGACAACCAGGAGACCGGCGAACACGGCCUGAUCCACCUUAUUAUGGUGGAUCUAUCUCUGAUAUGGAAACUGGGUUAAUCAACCGUGGAGCCACUACCAUCAGGGGCCAUGUCCCAGUGAGGCCUAAUGGGGGCCGUCUAUCAGCAGACAGCGGGGCGAGGGUCCCAAGCGAAUUCUCUGAAUAUCCAGACCAGGCUGAGCUGCCUCGGAGCCGCAGCACUGAUGAGGACUUGUUGCCAUCCCGAAGAGGCUUGACAGACCUGGAGAUUGGUAUGUAUGCACUGCUGGGAGUCUUCUGCCUGGCUAUCCUGGUUUUUCUCAUUAACUGCAUCUCUUACGCAUACAAGUACCGCAGCAAACACCUGUCCUUGGAGGCCCCGGAGGCAAUGCCCCAUGCUCACGACUGGGUUUGGCUUGGCCAAGAGGAGGGCCUAUGUCUGCAGCAACAGCAGCAGGACGAGCUGGGCGGUACGCUUGAGGAGGGUAGUCAACUAUUAAAUGGAGGCAUCCAGCGUGGUAGCACUGGUGUGGGAGGAUGUAGCUCAACUGGGAGGGAUCACAGGAAUGAGUCGCUUAACUCACCCACCACAAAGAGGAAGAGGGUGAAGUUCACCACCUUUUCCAAUGUCAAGUCCAGUAAUGGAUGUCCUGUUCUCAGCCCAUUAGCACUAGUGCAGACCAGUGAGAUAAAAUGGGUAUGUCCGGACAUUGAGCUUGGGGACUCAAAGGAUCUUAGGAACUACAUGGAAAAGCUGAAUGAGAAUGCAAUUAAGAACAUUGCAUAGGGAGUACUGGGUGUUUUCAACGAACUAAAGAGAAACUCACCUGAAUGCCUUCAGAAUAAGGAGGGAAUGAGGGUUGGAGGGAGGCAAUGAAAGAAGAAAAGAAUAAGGGGUGCAGGAAACAGACUUGGGCUGUUGUUAAACUGUACCUCACCAUCACAACUGGAUAAUGCAUUCAGUCUAUUGUUUUUCAUGACAGUACUCAAAAAACGGUCAAGGAACGAACUACGAGAAAUAAUUUGCCAUGACACCACAGCAUAGUUAUAAAGGGGGAAAUGUGAACUUGAUAUUGUUGCUUAACUUAAAUGUAUGUUCUUUGUCUUCAACUGAGGAUCAGUUUUAUAUUCUAUGCGCCAUGUACUUUGUUUUAUGUUUUCUUUUUGAAUCAUCAUGUUUUAAUGUCGUAUUUGUUGUACCUUUUGCGCUUUGUCGCUUUUUUUUAAUAGUUGCUGUAUGCCGCAAGUCAGCAAUUAUAGAUUCUAGGAGAGAAGAGCUGAAAGCAAUUUUGUAUUGUACGUAUAUAUAUGCAGAGUUUGAUUUGGAGGUAUUAUAUGUAUAGUAACAUUUUGUAAGGUGCCGUUUGAUUUUGUUCUGUUUUUGUUUUUUUUUUGUCUCCAGAAACCAGAUCCAUGCAUGAUGUUAUUAAAGAGGAGGCAUGUGUGUUUGAUCUGGUACCUAAAAUGAAAGUGUAUAGAUAAUGAAUACCAAUACCUCUGGAGACAUGUCAGUUUAGUAUUAUUGCAUUCAUUCUAUGUGGAAUUGAGUUUUAGGUUGGUUUCAGUAUGUUGAUAUUGGUUUUCAAAGUUUUGUCAGCCCCUUCAUUUUCCCUUCUUAUGUUAAUAUUAUUUAUACAACCCCUGUGAUUCAGUUGCAUACUUAACAUAAAGUAGACUUUUUACACUACUUUAAAUCCAAACAGUCUGCUAUUAUCACUCAACACAAAAAUACUGAUAACCAUCAAGAGUAUCAAUAGACAAUCACAUAUUAAAUAAUAUAUGACUCAACCCUUUCCUUUAUAAUGUUCCACAAAACUCUGUCCAGUUUACAGUUUGUAUGGCCUGAAUUAAGUGGAGAUCAGUAAACACACUUCAUUUCUUAAACUACUGUAUAUGACAUUUUGGAUCCCAGAGAAAAAAAAAAAAAAAAAAGAGUCAUGAUAGUGAAUGAACAGAUGAUCGCGGACUGUGAAAUCUGACCUGUUUACACCUUUUGUCAUAUGUCAAUAUUGGUCAAGUCCAUCCUUUUCUAUCUCUGUUUUAAAUUGGCUGCUGGACUAAUUAAAACUGAAGUUGACUCUUCUCCAUCA